AUGGUUAAGGUGACCGUCCUAGGAAGUGACCCUACUGAGAUGGGUAGGCUAAUUAUUCCAGUGGGGAUAAUGGGGCCAAGGGUUUCGGAGCUGGCAAUUCAUCCCUAUGGAUUUGGAGGAUUUCUCGUCGGAGCUUGGUCAAGGGUGUUAAUUGCCUAUCCAUCUUGGGCGGUGCCGGUUUGCUUUCCUGGGGGAUUCUUGGCUUAUCGUUUGGUCCUACCGAGGGUGCUGCGCGGCGGUGAUGGAGGAGGAAGAAAGGCUGGUGCGUGGCUGCCUCGUGGAGUUGGAGAAGAGGAAGCAAGGUGUUGCGGUUUCGGCGGUGGGAUGAAGGAGGAAGAUGAUGGAGAUCAAGGUGGUGGUUAUGGAAGCAAAGCGGCGGUGAAGAUGGUGGCCGGCUGCUUCGCGUGGAUGAUGGAGGAAGAAGGUGAUGGCCGGCUGAAAGAGGAGGGAGUUCGGGUGCUGCGCGGCGGUGAUGGAGGAGGAAGAAAGGCUAGUGCGUGGCUGCCUCGUGGAGUUGGAGAAGAGGAAGCAAGGUGUUGCGGUUUCGGCGGUGGGAUGAAGGAGGAAGAUGAUGGAAAUCAAGGUGGUGGUUAUGGAAGCAAAGCGGUGGUGAAGAUGGUGGCCGGCUGCUUCGCGUGGAUGAUGGAGGAAGAAGGUGAUGGCCGGCUGAAAGAGGAGGGAGUUCGGGAGGAUUUUCCCUAUGCCAAUUAUGUUGCUGCAGUCUUGGAGGUGAGUAUCGAGGACGGUGAUGAUAUUCUUGGUCAUAGUUGCCCUUGA